UUCAAACAGGUUGACAACUCCACAACAUUCUUGAACAUCGUCGAAAUGGAUCCUCUGUUUCUCGCGUACAGUUAUUUUAGAAGAAGAAAAUACCAGGAAUGUGUUGAAAUAUGUUCUCAACUAUUAGAAAAGAAUCCGUAUGACCAGGCUUCAUGGACGCUGAAGACACGAGCUCUGACUGCCCAAGUGUAUGUGGAUGAGGUUGAUGUUGAUGAAGAAGGGAUAGCAGAAAUGUUGAUGGAUGACAAUGCCAUUGCACAAGUGUCGCGUCCAGGAACCUCCUUAAAGGUUCCGGGAACAGGAGUGGGAGGACCAAGUCCUGGUGUCAGACCCACGUCCCAGUCUGGUCGUCCUUUAUCAGGGUUUGUCCGACCAGGUACUCAGGGAGGACGACCUGGCACCAUGGAACAGGCAAUCAGGACACCCCGCACAGCCCAUACAGCACGCCCUGUCACGAGUGCUUCAGGCCGAUAUGUCAGACUUGGAACUGCUUCCAUGUUGUCAACUCCAGAUGGCCCCUUUAUUAACCUGGCACGUCUCAAUUUUGCCAAGUAUGCUGCACGCCCAAACCUGGCAAAGGCAUUGUUUGAAUACAUAUUCCACCAUGAAAAUGAUGUUAGGAAUGCAUUAGAGUUGGCAGCCCUUGCCACAGAAUCUUGUCAAUACAAUGACUGGUGGUGGAAAGUCCAGCUAGCCAAGUGUUACUACAAGCUGGGAAUGUACAGAGAUGCUGAGAAGCAGUUGAAGUCUGCACAGAAGCAGCAGGACAUUAUAGACAUAUAUCUGUACCUAUGUAAAGUGUAUGUGAGACUCGACCAGCCUCUCACAGCUAUCGACAUCUUCAAACAAGGACUGGAGAAGUUCCAGGGGGAGACAACUCUCCUGUCAGGAAUUGCUAGGAUUUAUGAGGGUAUGAAUGACAUGGAAAAUGCAGUGAAGUUCUAUAAGGAUGUAUUGAAUUUUGACAGUAUGCAUGUGGAGGCUAUAGCCUGUAUAGCCACUCACCACUUCUACACAGAUCAGCCAGAGGUGGCACUCAAAUUCUACAGACGAUUGUUACAGAUGGGUGUCUAUAAUGGUGAACUGUUCAACAACUUAGGGCUGUGCUGUUUCUAUGCCCAGCAGUAUGAUAUGACCUUGACAUGUUUUGAGCGUGCAUUAUCCUUGGCAGAAGAGCAAACAAUAUCAGAAGUUUGGUUCAACAUAGGCCAUGUGGCACUGGGUAUAGGAGAUAUGACGUUAGCGUACCAGUGUUUUAGAUUAACUUUAGCCAAUAACAAUGACCAUGCAGAAGCCUAUAAUAACCUUGGAGUGCUGGAACUUCGUAAAGGACACCUUGACCUGGCAAGGGCAUUUUUCCAAGCAGCAUAUAUCCUGACCCCCCACAUGUAUGAGGCGCACUAUAACUGGGCAGCACUUGCUGAUCAGAUGGGAGAUUUACAGAGCAGCUACAAUGCAGCCAAGCGAGCGGUUGAUGCAUUCCCUGACCAUGUCGACUCAAAGGAACUCCUGAAACAGCUCAAACAUCAUUUCUCACUUUUGUAAAACAUGUACAGACUUUAAUAUUCACACAUCUUUUUUCUUCUUUAAAAACAUGAACUAUACAUAUACAGUAAUUGUUUGAGGACAUGCUCGAUAAUAACUCUAUGAUUGACUAUGCUGAAGGUCUGUGAUAGUUGUGGUACAUGUUAACAAUUGUGGUGGUCCCUUAUAAACAGUUUUUGUCACAUUGCAUAAAGGAAUAUCUUCACACUUGUAAUGAUGCAAUUCCCAAUGAAAUAUAUCAGAUCUAAAACACAGGAGCUGACACUUAUUGUCUGAUGGUUAAGAUAGACUGUUAGGCCUAGAUCAACAUUCCUUACUGAACAAACAAACAUCAGCAAGUCUUUGUUUACCUGUACACUAUUUUGUACAUCAGGUUCAGGUAAACACAUUUUUUUUUCAAUUAAAAAAGAAGCUCUGUAUCUUAUUUUGGUAUCAUGAGUUACACAUGAAUGCACUUUGUGCAUAAAUCAUCUCUUUGGUCAGUGAAGUGGAAAAAAUCUAGUAUCCACAUUUAUUUACAUGCAGGUACAUGUAAUUGAUUUUUAUUAGUUAAGUAUUAUAACAUGCAAAUGAUAUUGAAAUAAGUGUAUACUUUGUGACAAAACUUAUCAAGUACACAUAUACUUUGAUCCCUUUUGUCCUCCAAUCAUUUGUAGUAGAACUGAUGUAUUCACUGCAUGUGUUUACAAGGAGAUCAGGACAAUAGGCAGCAUAACAUAUUUGUUGAAUGAAGUCCAACCUGAAAAUUAUCCGAAUCUGUAUUGCAUGGUUAGGAGAGAGGCAUUGUUGUUUGUGAAUAGGUGAGAUAAAUAUCAAAAUACCUGUGGAGACAAUUGUUCUGCUCUGAUAAGUAUACGAGUAAAUAUGUAAGACUGGAGGUAUUUAAGUAACUUAUGUGGUUAAAUGGGCUGUGUGCUACCUUCACACUGGGAUGAGCACACAUAGUUGGUGACUGUCCUCACCUCCUGUUCAUUGAUUCCUACUUCCCACCCACCGUCACCUGAUAAUGUGUCAUUUUGACCAGCAGAAAAUAAUGAAAUCUGGUUUUGAAAAAAAUGUUCCAAAAAUGUAUUUCGAAAAGAAUUAGUAGAAUGUCAAAAUGUUUCAUUCUGUUUGACUCUCCCUUUUCAUUGAAGUCAUCGGAACGGAAAAUCUUGCCGCAUUAUUUAUGACCUUGAGCCAAAUAUUUGGAUUAGUUAUUUUUUCUGUAUAGGUCUUUACUAUAGGUGGUAGGACAUCCAUACUAAUGAUUCUAUUUGCUCACCUAGCUUUUCAUGUGGUAAACCUAUCAAGUAAGCUACAACUAUGUGUAUAAGCUGCAUGCAUGUAUUACCUGGUAAAAGUUUUGAUACCACUGAAUAGGAACAGAUGUGUAGGUUUACCUGUCCAAAGUUAUUACAGAAAAAAUGUAAGGUGUAAAAUAAUUUAUAUGAAAUGUAUCAUAUUUCAAAAUUUAUGAAACUUUCAUCAAACUUUAUUAAGAUAGAUGAUUUUUUUGUAUGCAGUGAACAAAAUUCUUAAUUUAUUUCACUAUUGCAUGCUUGUUAGUAAGCCAGGUGGAUGGGCGUGCUGAUUCCUUGUCCACAUCUGGGGUAGAACAGUAUCCAUGUCUCCACUUGUUAGCAUGUAAGGGACAGCUGGUAUACACAUCACACAUAACAUAGGCCAUUUAUUGUCAGAUCAUAUUUCAUUUGUAACAAAUACUUAGCUACCCACUUAAACUUCUAUAAAAUAUCAAUUUCAUUUUUCUGACAAAUGUGUGUAGGCGAUAAUGAAGAGAUCUGUCACAGUGUGUUGGAGUUUGUAUAACAUUAAUUGGCUAGUAUCACCAUUAAAUUGUCAGUGUACUAUAUGCCUUUGAUUUAUAACGUACUGACAGGUGAACUGAUGAUUUUAUUCCGUCCAGAAAAUAUGAUGCAUGUUCUUUUAACUUCAAUAUGUGUUGUAAGUGUUAGUUAUUUUGUUAAUGUAAAUGAUUUUAUUAUUAGAUAUAAAAAUAACUUAUUAUUGUAUGUGAUACUUCUGACAGAUGAUGAUAAAUACCACCCAUGUUGUGUCAAGAAAUGAAAAUAAAAUAUUAUGAAC